GGAAAAAGUCUGACGAUCCAAAACACACCUAACGAUGAUUCACUGAAGUGUCGUCCAUUUCCACUGAAAACCCAUCCACAAUAAUGCUGUGAAAAAAAAAACAGUAUGUAUUAUGAUAACAGGACUGCGCUGAUGCUGAUGUUUGCAUGUUGAGAAUUGGGAUCGAACACCUAUUAUGGCUUUCAGAGGAGCUUCUCAGAAUCAAGGCAAACAUGAUUUGAGGAUCAUCCUCCUUGGAGGUCGAAAUUCUGGAAAGAGCCUAGUGGGAAAUGCCAUCUUAAACCAAGAAGAGUUCAUCCUGCAUGAGAGAACAACAUGCCUGAAGAGGAAAGCAAAAAAUCAAGGCCGAACUGUGACAGUGGUGGAUACUCCCGGCUGGUGGUGUGACUUUUCAGCACAAGACACACCAGAGCUGGUCAAGAGAGAAAUCAAGCACAGCGUCUCUCUGAGUCGGCCAGGACCACACGUCUUUCUGCUGGUAGUGAAAACCGACUCGAAGUUCAUGGAAAAACGAAAGAGAGCCGUCGAAGAACAUCUCCAGCUCCUUGGACAGACAGUUUGGAGUCACACCAUGGUGGUGUUCACAAAGGGUAAAAACGUAGGGAAUAGAUCAUUUGAAGAUCAUGUUCGGGCAUCAGGUAAACGUCUGCAGUGGCUCCUGGAGAAGUGCAAUGGGAGAUUUCACAUUCUAGAUGACCAGGAAACAUCCACAGUAAUGGAGCUAAUGGAGAAAAUUGACAAACUGGUGGAAGAACAUGAAGGACGUCAUUUUGAAAUAGAAGUGAAGAGUUUAGAGGAAAUAGAGGACAGGAAGAGGGAAGUGGAGCUCAGGGCUCAACAGAGACUGAUGGAGAUGCUCGAUCGGAGGUCUAAUAUGAAGGGGCACUCAUCUCCUCAAAAAAGCUUAAGACUCGUCCUGCUUGGAGCAAAAGGCUCAGGGAAGAGCUCGACAGGAAACAGCAUCCUGGCAGAGAGAAGAGAUGUAUGCUUUAUAGACAAAAAGCGAACCACGCAAUGCAUGAGCAGAACAUUGACCACUGGAGGAAGAAAACUCACAGUGGUCGAUACACCCGGUUGGUGGAUGAACUUCUUUAUGGAGGAUUCUUCAGCAUUUGACAAAGAGGAACUAGCCAAGAGUGUGUAUUUGUGUCCGCCAGGCCCUCACGCUUUUCUUCUAGUGGUGCGGCUGGACAGAUCAUUCACAGAGACCUACAGAAGAGCCAUUGAAGAGCAUGUAGAGCUUAUAAGUAAGAACAUCUGGAGCCACUCUAUGGUGCUGUUCAGCUUUGGAGACUGGCUCGGAGAAACCACCAUAGAGAAUUACAUUGAAAGCGAAGGAAAACCCCUCCAGUGGCUCGUGGAGAAGUGUGGAAAUCGCUAUCAUGUGCUGAACAACAAGUGUCUGGGGAAUGUGUUUCAGAUCACAGAGCUACUGGAGAAGAUAGAGGAGAUGAUAGUCGGAAAUGCUGUGAGCCACUUUGAAACAGAUGAGAGGCUUUUUGAGGUGAUUAAGAGAAAGCGGAGAGUGGAGGAAGAAAGGGCGAAUGUGCGGCAAGUAGAUGUGAGGAGGAGAAGAGAGAACUUGAGGGAUUUCAAGAAGCAGAUUGAACUGCCCUCAGCAGUAAGAGUGAUUCUCUUGGGCGCCAAACACUCUGGAAAGACAUCUUCUGCAAGCUGCAUUUUGGGUAAUGGAGAACAAGAGACUGACAGCCAAAACCCCUUUAGAGGUUCUGUUAUAUUCAACGAGACAAAGGUUGAGGUCAUAGACACUCCAGGCUGGUCUACUGAGUGUCCAGAUCCUGCAGAGUUCAGCAGGCAGCUUCACACUGACUGGGUUUCUGGUUCAGCCAAUGGAAUCUGCAUCCUCCUGCUGGUUAUCAAUGCAAGCUCUUCCUUCACGUUAAAAAAGCUGAAAGCAGCUGAGAAACAUUUGCAUGCAUUGGGAGGGAAUGCAUGGAGCAGCGCGCUUGUGCUGUUCACAAAUGGAGACUGGCUUGGGGGUGUUAGUGUGGAGCAGUAUAUUGAAAGUGAAGGAGAUGCACUGCAAGCGCUGGUGCAGAAAUGUGGAAAUAGAUAUCAGGUGUUCAACAACAAGAUCAAGCACAAUGACAGUCAGGUCACAGAACUGAUGCUGAAGAUAGAGGAGACGGUGCUGGAGCAGAUGAUCAACAGCCAUGCAAAUCAAGGGAAUAUUGAACGACCUAUAGUACAUGAAGCACUGCCAUUCAUUGGAAAGGCACAUGAUGGCAAAGUGCAAAUCAGCACUUUCAAAAAGUCCAACAUCCAUCUUGGUGAUCCAGACAUUCAAAGACAUCCUCAAAUGAUUGGUCUCCCUGAACAUUCACUCCCAUCUACAUUCACUGAUGUGAGAAAUACAAUCAGUCUCUCACAAAAUAAAUCUCAAUCGCUGGCCUGCAGAAGUGUCCGAUUACCUGACAGGAUGUCAAACCUUCGUCCGAGACUAGUAGUGAUACUCAACGCAUCUGAAUGGUUUCAUACAAAUGAACCAUGGGGGAAUGUGCCAGAAAGUAGCCCCCCAACUCAACAAUCAAUGAACACACAACAACUAUUUAGGAACGAAUCACUAGAGGAAAGGCUGUAUGUGCCGUCACUUUCAUAUUUGCACUGGAAUACACCUUACACAGCUCAAACCGCAAAAGAGAAAGCUUUUAUUGAUUUCGUCCAAUCGGAAGGCCUGCAGAAACUAAUCAACCAAUGGGGUGACAGCAACAUAGAGGAGCUUGAGGCAUUUAUAGACUCGUUUUUUGAGAUGGUGUGGCAGGAGAAUCAAUGCAGCACUAUGAAUCCAAGAAUCUGCAGUGAAAGUUUGGGAGUCACUGAGAGUGAACAGAGUCAUUUGGCUUCGAUAGACAGAAAACUGUCGAAACUUGACAUCCUAGACGGAGUCCAGAGAGACUUGUGGGAGCUGAAGCAAAGCGUCGAGCACUGUAGCAGGAUAUUUCAGGAGCUGAAGGACAGAAAUAAGGAGACACAUGACCCUAGUCGACCCUCUGAAGAAACAGCGUCAGCAGAAAGUCAGGAAAGGGGUUGAAAUGUGAACGCAGCUUUUCUAGAACUGAAAUGACAAAGACGUACUAAAAUAGUAAGCAAAUAUGGGCCAAAACUGCAGCUUCAUUAUUUAAAGUGGCGAGAUGUGCAUUGUUCUUAAUCCAAUAAAUCACAUAUGUUUA